AUGUCGAGCUCGUCAAACUCUCACAGACCUCGGAAGAAGCGAAAACAACCCUCUGCUCUAAUCCGAAGCAACACCAUCACCGACAUUGUCAAAAUCGACCCCGAUGACACCAGCGCUAUCAUGCCCGAGUUUCCCCUUGUGGCUUUCCUGUGGCCAGCUCGGGGAACUACAUCUCAAUGGAUUCUGCUGCCGCUGAUUCUGAUUAUUGUUGGUCUCUUUAGAUGGAGCGUUGGGCUUUGGGACCACUCCGGUUAUCAAACGCCUCCGAUGCACGGAGACUUCGAGGCCCAGAGGCAUUGGAUGGAGAUCACAACCCAUUUACCAAUGUCCAAGUGGUAUUUCUACGACCUUCAGUACUGGGGCCUGGACUAUCCCCCUUUGACAGCUUACCAUAGCUGGCUGUGCGGCAAAGUAGGAUCAUUGUUCAAUCCGGCCUGGUUUGAGCUCGACAAGUCCCGGGGUAUGGAGGAACCCAGUCUCAAGGUGUUCAUGCGCGCUACGGCCAUUCUCUCCGAGUACCUCAUCUAUGUCCCGGCGUUGAUCAUAUUCCUUCGCCACUUCAGCAGGACACAUGCUACCGGGACAACAUCAGCAUCGAUCGCGCUUGUGGCUAUUCUCAUGCAGCCAGCAAACAUGAUCAUCGAUCACGGACACUUCCAAUACAAUACAGUCAUGCUGGGCUUUGUUGUCGCAGCUCUAUCAAGUAUCUAUGCUGGUCGACUCUUGUGGUCCUGCAUUUUCUUCGUCGCUGCGCUGGGUUUCAAGCAGAUGGCCCUCUACUACUCGCCCGUCAUCUUCGCUUACCUGCUCGGCUCUUGCUUAACUCCUGAAAUCCGCCUCGGGAGACUUAUUUCAAUCUCUCUCGUCACGGCCCUCGCGUUCGCCGUGUUGGUGGCGCCACUACUCAUAGGAUCACUUUACGACAUCUACCGGGGAAUUCCUUUCUCAGAGAUGCCCCCACCACCGGUUCUUGCUGAUAGGAACAUAGCUCUUGACCCCAAUGCUCCACUGGAAAUGAUCGUUCUUCAACUCAGUCAGGCCAUCCACCGUAUCUUUCCAUUCGCCCGCGGCUUAUUCGAAGACAAAGUGGCCAACUUUUGGUGCUUCACCAACACCUUCUACAAACUCCGCAAGCUGCAGGGGAUUGUCAAUCUCCCGCGUAUCUCAGCCAUGGCCACUCUCGGAUCUAUCCUGGGACCGAUGCUCAUUAUCGGCGCAGUACCUCAAAAGACGUUGCUCCCUUAUGCUCUAGCCACGUCGGCAUGGGGGUUUUUUCUCUUCUCGUUUCAGGUCCAUGAGAAGUCGGUGCUGCUCCCUUUGCUCCCAAUGACGCUACUACUCGGGAGCAAACAAGGUCUCAGCAAAGAAUAUCGCGCGUGGAUCGGGUGGGCAAAUGCGCUCGGCGUAUGGACGAUGUUUCCGCUGUUGAAGAGGGACGGGCUUACAAUCCCAUACUUCGUGGUAUCCCUCCUGUGGUGCUAUCUGCUAGGCCUUCCACCGACCAGUGUAAGCGCCUACUACAACCCCGAGCACGAGAACAUCAUCGGCCGACCACAGGCUGUCGAUGAUUUGGCAACGCCGACCAAAAUUCUACAUUUCCAGACGUACGUUGUCAUGGCGUUUUGGCAUCUGCUGGCAGCAUUUGCAACUCCGCCUGAAGAUAAGCCUGAUUUGUGGGUGGUGGCCAACGCAUGCAUUGGUGCUGCUUGUUUUGGGAUUUGUUACCUGUGGUGUUUCUGGAAAUUGAUAUUGGAGAGCGGCUUGAUCGAUGGGUACUUUGAGGACCGCUCUGAGAUCGAAGAAGCUCAACAGUCUUCGACACAAUCUGUCCAGGAGAAAAAGAACAAAUAA